CAUCACCCUACCGCGAAUGAAGUUUAUGGAGCGAAUACACGACAUGUUUAUAUUUGAUUUUCAAAUUCACAGUCGCGUCCCUCGGUGAUACAAUAAUUACUUAUAAAAUCUGAUUGAAAUAUCGACGAAAACGAAGUCAAACUCAAUUGAAACGUCACCACUUGCUGAUAUUCUACUUUUUAUUUACCUUCCGUUGAAAAUCAUUCAAUCGUAAAAGCUAAAGAUGGCUGAGAGAUUAGAAGACUUGAAUCUCCCUAAUGCUGUUGUAACAAGAAUAAUUAAGGAAUCUCUGCCGGACGGAGUCAAUAUUGGCAAAGAAGCACGAGCGGCGGUCGCAAAAGCUGCUUCGAUUUUUAUAUUGUACAUAACGUCAACUGCCAAUACAAUCGCUAAAAAAGGAAAAAGAAAAACUAUCAGUGGUACUGACGUUAUUCAAGCUAUUGAAGAAAUUGAGUUUGACCAAUUUCUUGAACCGCUCCAAGAGGCAUUGGAAAAUUUCAAAAAGUCACAGAAGGAAAAAAAGGAUGCGACUACAAAGAGAAAACAACAGAAGAAAGAUGACGAAGAAGUGGAAGAAAUCGUUUGCGAAGACGCUGAGUAGCUUCUACUUUUUUUUGCAUUUUUUACAUUCACACACUAUUUAAUACAUCGGAUUUUUAACUUAAGUAUAUGUAUAGGCUGUGUGUAAACCACAAUUUAUAUUGAAUAAUAUAAGAAUAUUUUUUUUUUUCACUCAAAUCCUGAUUAUUAUUAUUAUUUUCCCCUCGAAGUAUCUACUUAUGUUUUAUUACUUUCUCCUUUUCCAAAUUGACAUUAUCAUGAAUCGUUAAUGUGACACCUGUGCUUUUACAAAAUCAUUACUGCAAUACAUUUUGUACAAGUGGGUCAUGUGAUGGAAGGGUUGCAUACUAUUCUGACAAAGUUUUGGUGAGUCACCAGGCUUCCGCUUUUUUGAAUUGUAUCACGAAUUCAAUAGUUUGUGGCAUUGAAUUGUAUGACGAACAAUAUGCAAACAGUCUCAGAAAAUUUUAUUAAUUGUAUAUAAGACAAUAUUGGUGUGAGAGUAAAUAGAUUACAUAAUAUUUAUGCAGAAAUCGUUCGUUAAAGUGUGUAUCUCAAUGGGUACAUAAUAAUAUACAUAGUAAUAUAUAUAUACAUAUACAUGUAGUUUUCUUUUUUUUCAUUCAAUAUCAUUAGAUCAAUAAUUGAACAAUCUUGCAAGCUUACAGUAAUGGUAGGUAUAGACUAUAGGGUUAAAAAACAUUUACUCCGCUUGUUCUAAAACUCCGUAUGAGAAUAAGAAAGAUUAGCAAUGUUCUUUCUAUGUGGAUUUUUAAAUCAAGUGCAGAAUGUGCGGUAUAGGAAAUGACUACAAUUCGAUCAUUCUAUGCUAAAUUAAUGGAAUUUUUCAUUUCACUACGAACAGUGUUUAGUAUUCUGUUUACCAAUAGUAGUGAGUCUAAUCAAUUAGAGACAUGCCUAUCGAAUCCAUAUUUCGUUCUGUAAUAUUGGUUUACUUUGUGUCUUCUCCUUCACUAUGUUAUAAAGUUAUAUCUUAUGCCUAGCUUAUAUCUCAGUUCCGUUUACUUACUUUACAUAGGUAAACACAUCGCAAUAAUAUCUUAUAUGUAAGAAUUAAUUGUAUGUGUAUAUAUGGCACUUUAUGUUUACAAAACAUGCAAAGAAAGACUAGCAUAAAAUUAUUGACUACUCAAGCUACUAUUUCUUGAUCAGCGCUGUUUAUUAAAAUUGAACGAAUUCUAAUUAUUUCUAGUAAUCAAAGAAUUUUUCAUCUGAAUUAACUGCGAUGUAUAUAUAUAGCGCCGCCUUCCAAUAGUUAGGCAUUCUUAACGAGUAGUACCACUUAAA